AUGGGAGCAUAUAAAGCUGAAGACGAUUACGAUUACCUCUUCAAGGUUGUGUUAACGGGAGAUUCCGGUGUCGGAAAAUCAAAUCUUCUCUCCCGAUUCACCAGAAACGACUUCAGCCACGACUCACGCUCGACCAUCGGCGUCGAGUUCGCCACACGAAGCAUCCGUGUCGACGACAAGGUUGUCAAAGCUCAGAUAUGGGACACUGCCGGCCAAGAAAGGUAUCGAGCCAUCACGAGCGCUUAUUACCGAGGAGCCGUUGGUGCGUUAUUAGUCUACGACGUGACACGGCACGUGACGUUCGAGAACGUUGAGAGAUGGCUAAAGGAGCUAAGGGACCAUACGGACGCAAACACUGUGAUCAUGCUCGUUGGUAACAAAGCUGAUCUGAAUCACCUUCGAGCCAUCUCAACGGAAGAAGUGACAGCUUUCGCGGAGAGAGAGAACACUUUCUUCAUGGAGACUUCGGCGCUGGAAGCUGUAAACGUCGAGAACGCUUUCACUGAGGUUCUCACUCAGAUAUACAGAGUGGUUAGCAAGAAGGCUCUUGAAGCUGGAGAUGACCCAACCACUGUUUUGCCUAAAGGACAGACGAUCAAUGUCGGAGGCAGAGAUGAUGUUUCAGCCGUCAAGAAAUCAGGUUGCUGCUCCACAUAG